AUGGCGAAACUUGUUCUUUACUUGCCAAAACUUGGUCUUUGUUUUACUUUGCUUGGUCUUUAUAUGGAUGGCAUAGCAGAGUCUACUGUUUCCUCAAAUCCCUCAGGCAUAGACUUCAUCAGGGCAUCAUGCAGAGCCACUCUCUAUCCUGCUUUGUGUGUUCAGUGUCUGUCAAGUUAUGCAAACACCAUACAACAAAGCCAGCGGCAACUCGCCCAAGCCGCCUUGUCUGUGAGCUUAGCCAGGGCUCAAUCCACCUCAGCAUUUGUUUCCAGGAUAGCUAAAACUACAGGACUCAAUCCAAGAGUCUACCAAGCAGUACAAGAUUGCAUUGAUAACAUGGCUUAUUCUGUGGAUCAGCUUAACCAAUCGGUCCAAGAGCUCGGGUACAUGGGUCGAGGCAAUGGCCAGGACUUCAUGUGGCACGCGAGCAAUGUUCAGACAUGGGUCAGUGCUGCUCUUACCGAUGAGAACACUUGUGUUAAUGGCUUUGCUGAUAAUGCCAUGGAUGGAAAUGUGAAGGCUGCAAUUAAAAGCAGGGUCAUCAGUGUUGCUCAGGUCACCAGUAAUGCACUGGCAUUGGUUAAUCGCUUUGCUACAAGACAUAGAGCUGGUGCAGCCCACAACAUACCCUAG